AGCAAGUUACUUUAUGGGACAUUUCUUUAAAAGAGUCACAUACAAAAAGACGCAAUGAAAUUGUUUCGAAGGAAAGAGUCCAGCACACUACCACUGGUACCAAUAACGGAAGAUUUGGAGUUCAAGCCAUUCCGUGAAACAUACAAGAUCAUCACUUUCACAAUGAUCGUCGGCAUGCUGUACCCUAUGCCAAACACUGAUAAGUGCAGAGUAGCUGGCAUUCUAGCGCUACUACUAACUACACAACCGAUGUGCAUACCAGCCCUAAUAGACAUUUGGUACAGCUGGCUUAGAGGAGACAUCAUCAACAUCAUUCGGCAUACUACCGUCAUUGGGCCGUUCCUUGGAGCAAUCUUUAAGAUGAUGAUGUUUUUCUACAGUAGAAAAGAAGCAUGGAGCAUUAUUAAAAAAAUGGACGCGGACCACGCUCGCUACAACACCCUCCCCGAACAUCUUAAGGACAUUGCGCGUCGGCACAUACAAAACACGCAAUACUACAGCGAAAAAUGCUGGACAAUAACAGUAUCGAUAUGCGUUCUAACCUUCCCGCUGACCGCCGUCAUCCUAACCCUCUACAAUUACGCUUUCAAAGAAGAACCAGUCAAAUACAUGAUUCACGACGUCAACAAACCAUUCUCACCCGAAGAAGACAGAUUCACAUCGCCGUACUUCGAAAUAAUGUUCUUCUAUAUGUGUUAUUGUUCUGUGUUAUUUAUAAUAAGCUUCACGGGGUUUGACGCGUUUUUUGGGGUAACAAUUAACCAUGCUUGUAUGAAGAUGGAGUUGUCGUGUAAGACUAUGGAAGAUGCUAUGUCGGAGACGGAGAGAGAUAGUCGGCAUAGGAGGAUUCUGGAUGUUAUCUCGCAGCAGAACGACUUAUUUAGAAUGGUAGAGCUCAUACAACAAACAUUUGCCAUAUGGCUCGGAGUAAUCGUCGUUGCGACGAUGCUUCAGAUUUGCAAUUGCAUGUACCAGAUUAUUGAGGGCUACGGAAUUGAUGCUAGAUACCUAAUAUUCAUUUUAGGCACCAUUGCUCACAUAUACGCACCAUGCCAUUAUGCCGCUAAAUUGCAAGACAGCGCACUAGAGGUCGCCACUCAUUUAUACUGCUGCGGCUGGGAGCGAGUGAACGACGAGCGUGCGCGCAAAUUGAUCAUCUUCAUGAUAGCACGCGCACAGAUACCGCUGAAGAUCACAGCUUUCAACAUGUUCGAUUUCGACAUGGAGCUGUUUGUCUCCAUAGUACAAACGGCUUAUUCGAUGUUCACACUGCUUAGAUCUUAAGACAGCUUAAAAAAAAUGUGUU